AAACCACCACCUCACCUCACCACCACCACCUCACCACCAACACCAUCACCUUCUGUGUCGCCUGACCACCAACACCACCUCCCCUCACCACCACCACCAACACCACCACCUCACCUCACCACCAACACCAUCACCCUCUGUGUCGCCUGACCACCAACACCACCACCACCACCAUGAACGUCCUCGCGAAGUUGUUCGGCUCGUCGCAGGGCUCGUCCUCUGGCCCCACGGCGCAGGAGGCGAUCCACAAGUUGCGCGAGACGGAGGAGAUGCUCGUGAAGAAGCAGGAGUUCCUCGAGGGAAAGGUGGACGCCGAGGUGGCGCUCGCCCGGAGACACGGCACCGCCAACAAGCGCGCCGCCCUGUCGGCGCUGAAGCGCAAGAAGCGCUACGAGAAGCAGCUGGCGCAGAUCGACGGCACGCUGUCCACCAUCGAGUUCCAGCGCGAGGCGCUCGAGAACGCCAACACCAACACCGAGGUGCUCAAGACGAUGGGCUUCGCCGCCAAGGCCAUGAAGAAGGCGCACCAGGACAUGGACAUCGAUAAGGUGGAUGACCUCAUGGCCGACAUCACGGACCAGCAGGACCUGGCGCAGGAAAUCUCCGACGCCAUCUCCAAACCCAUGGGCAUGAGCGAUGACUACGACGAGGACGAGCUGAUGGCCGAGCUGGAGGAGAUGGAGCAGGAGGAGCUCGACAAGGAGCUGCUCACCGUGGGGGACGACGAGCUGCCCAGCGUGCCCAGCCAGUCGCUGCCCGCUGCGGGGAAGAAGGUGGUGGUGGCGGAAGACGAAGAUCUGAAGGAGCUGGAAAACUGGGCCUCCUAAAGCACACAGUCGCCCUUCAUCGUGGGCGGUGGCGGUGGUGGUGGGCAGCGCACGAUGGUGGUGGUGGUGGUGGGGGGGCUGUGGAGUUGGGUAUGGGAGCUCACAAGGCCUUCCCUUGUCACCAGAACCCAGCGACCACACCCCGCAGUCUACGCGUGCUAAGAAGACACUGUAAAACCACAGUUAAUGCAUCUAUAUAUGUGUGUGUGUGUCUGAGAGUUCAUAGCCAGACUGUCGUCGUCGUCGGUGUUUGCUUGAGCGAUUGCGCCAAUUUAUAAUAAGUUCAGUUGCCGGGGGGGUGGGGUGGGGGGGGCUUGGGAGGGGGUGGGGGGCGCUUCCCCGGUGACGGCCGCCCUACUCGCUGUGGUGGAUCGGUGCCACAGAGCCACCAGAGCCGCGACAAAUCAAACUUCGUAACGCCAUCGUCCUGUACAUUUUUACUGUGAAGAGCCGUUUUCAACGUUGAAGACAAACAACUCUAUUCAAAUCCGCUUGCUAGUGAUGCACAGUGCGGGACUGCACGGGGGAGGGGUGGGGUUAGGGGGGUUAGGGGGGGGGGGGUUAGCGGGGGGGGGGUCAGGGGGGGUGGUGGGGACGUUGGCAAGAGACUACUAAGGGGACGCGACAGUGCGUCGAUUCGUAAUCGAGCGGUCUCGAUUCCCGCGAGAUUUGUCGAGCCUGGGCUUGUCCCCAUUUGUCUUGAUUAAUCGGUGACGCUGCCAAUAGCUCGCUUCUGUUACUCGACUAACCAGAUAGCAAGUUGGGGGUGAGGGGGAAGUAUCACCUCUGUUCCCAGGUGUGCCACUGGACGGGAGGUCGGGUGGUGUGGCUUGAGGGAGGGCGGGAAGCGAGAGCGGCUUCCGAUUCUACAGGGGUCGAUUAAAUGUGGUCGAUAAAAUUCUAUUUUAGUCGAUUUAACCGAGGCAAUCGUCGCAGCUGGAGAUGAGCGCGCGUGUUAGAACGGACGUUCUGCGGUUUGUGUGUGCAAGCGGGUCACGUGACCAGCCUCCCCCCUCCCCCCCGCGCUAAAUAUUUCACAAUACAAAUAUAGAAAUACUAUUAUAUUGAGUUGAAUAAUAAAUCGUAACAACACUACUCAGGAAAGCCUCCACAGCAUUUUUUUCACAAGGUCGGGGAGGGGUGGUGGCUGCUGCUCCAGUAGGGGGGGGUGGGGGGGGGAGUUUGGCUUCGCGCGAGAGGAGGAAACCGGAGGAAUCUGGAGGAAACUGGAGGAAACCGGAAGAAUUUGGAGGAAUCCGGAGGAAUCUUGGGGAAACCGGAGGAAACCGGAGGAAUCCGGAAGAAUCUGGAGGAAUCCGGAGGAACCCAGAAGAAACGGGAGGAAUUCGGAGGAAUCCGGAGGAAUCUUGGGGAAUCUUGGGGAAACCGGAGGAAACCAGAAGAAACCGGAAGAAACCGGAGGAAUCCGGAAGAAUCUGGAGGAAUCCAGAGGAAACUGGAGGAAACUGGAGGAAACCGGAGGAAUUUGGAGGAAUCUGGAGGAAUCCGGAGGAAUCUGGAGGAAUCUUGGGGAAUCUUGGGGAAACCGGAAGAAACCGGAAGAAACCGGAGGAAUCUGGAAGAAUCCGGAGGAAUCCGGAGGAAUCGGGAGGAAAGCCCCGGUGGUGGUCACCCAUCCCACGUGCUCUGCCACGCUCACGCCUGGCUUGGUGUCCGAGCACGGGCGAGAUUGUGUUCGUUCAGGUUCGAGUCGAGUGGCGUCCUGGGGAAAUGUGAUAACGGCACAGAGGGUCGGCUUUUUGUCGAGACGGUUUUUUUUUUCGUGGAUGGGGAGAAAGUGUAAAUUAUUUAGUUGUAUGACCUAAUUUGGGGAGACGAUACAAAUAAAAGCUACGAAAGAAGCGGAUUGCAAAGUU